CCCCCACCUCCUGCUUCCUCCCCUCCCCUCUCCUCGCCGCUCCCCUCUCUCGUCAGGCUGCUAGCUCCGGCCAUGAGGCAGUGGAAGUCGCUGGUGCCGGCGGUGCACCUGCACGCCCCCGCGCCGCCCUGCUUCCCGCACCCGCACCCGCCGUCGCCCUGCCCCUCGCCGCCCAGGGACGCGGGGGACGGGGAUGAGGGCCGCCACCAGCUGAGCCGGCCUCCUCCCCCGGAGCACCAGCAGCAGCCGAAGGUGGUGCGGCUGGUGGGGUGCGACGGGCGGGUGCGCGCGUACCCGCCGCCGGUGACGGCGCGGGAUCUGAUGCAGCAGCACCCGCGGCACCUGGUGUGCCGCGCCGACGCGCUGCUCAUCGGGGAGCGGAUCCCCGCCGUGGCGCCCGGGGAGGAGCUCCAGCCCGGGCAGGCCUACUUCCUCCUCCCCGCGCACCUCUUCCGCUCGGUCCUCUCCUUCGUCUCCCUCGCCUCCUCGCUCCUGCUCCUGCUCUCCACGACGCCCUCCUCCAAGGGCGCGGGCGCGCCGGGCGGCGGCAAGGCGGCGGCGGCCCCCGGCCGGCCGUUCGAGCUCUGCCGCACCGCCGCCGGCGCGCUGCAGAUCAAGUUCUCCGACGACUUCCUCGUCGGCGGCGCCGGGGCCGGCGGGGACGGGGCGCGGCGGGACCGGGAGCGGGAGCCCGCGGCGGCGGUGCUGCGCGGGGACGCGCGGCUCGCCAAGGAGUACGAGGAGCUCGUCGGGUACGGCAAGUCCCGCCGCUGGGCGCCCAAGCUGGAGACCAUCGAGGAGGUCGCCGCCGUCGCCGCCGCCGGCGCGCCCAAGCCGGAGCGCAGGAAGAGCCGCGCGCUGCCGUUCCUCGGGCGCCUCGGCAGCCGGCGCCGGCGGGACGCGUGCGGCGGCGCGGGCGCCGUGGCGUGCUCCGGGUAGCCAGCUAGGGUCCUUGGGGUGGGUCCGGGUGGUUUAGGUAGCUUGCCCGGCCGCCGGCUCGCCGUCCGGCCGGCCGGCCCGGGCGCUCUUGAUCUGUAAUUAGGGGGAGACAAAUUUUGGUGCCGCAUCUGUAAAAAUGGGGUGGCCGACAGAUUUUCCUCCGCCGUCUCUCGUGCUCCCCGCCGCCGCGGGAUCUCCUUCCUGUGUGCUACUGUAACGAACGGAACGGAACGUGCUGUGCUUCCAGA